UGCCUGUGUGUAUCUUUAGGUGUCAGAGCAGCAGCUGAAUGAUGCCAUAGCCCAGGCUGUAGAGAACAGCCAACUAAAGCAGGACGCCAGUCAGUGGAGUAUAGACGGCCUGCUUAGGUCUGACCCCUGCUCCCACUCCAGAGGGAAGUGUGAGCGCUGUGUGGCGAGGAGCUUCGGCCAACUGACUGCCCGGCGAGCCCAGAAGAACAUGACCCGCUCCUGUAGUGACAGCAACACAUACAACCAGAACCACCAUCAUAACCAUCAGCACAACCGCUGCCCCGGACCAGGAUCCAACCUGGUUAAUGGUCAAACCCUGACUAUACCCAACCACAACCACAACAUGCACCAUAAUCUGAUGGAAAGGGUCCACAGCCUCGACAUCCCCAUGGGGUCCACGCUUGAGCCCUGGUGUGAUAACAGACUGUCUGCAUUGGUCUACCCUAUCCCUGAUGACGACUAUAACGUCCCCUACAACUCCCCAGUAGCCAACCUCUCCUGCCAGCGCACGUUAGACCUGGCCACAAGGGGAAAUAAGAACAGGCCCAAAGCCCUUGCACCUCCAAGGAGGUACUGCCGACACCAGGACGUCACUAGUGAGGAGGGGGCCCCUGGGGACCUGCCAGACUCCAAUGUUUCCAGUAGAGGCUCCCCUGUUAGAGAGGACGGAUGGAGUCCCACACAUACCAACUGUCAGGAAGUAGAGAGUGAGAGAGAAAGAGAGAGAGAAAGAGAGCAAGAACACUCAGGGGGAAGUGGAGAGACUCUCACCCACUCAGAGGCUCGCUCUGCUGCCAUCACUGACUGCCCUCGAUACUCAUCCUGCACAGAAGACAGACUACACACAGGUGCUGAAUCUGCCUUCCACCUCUGCUCCCAGAGUAAGAGGCCGGGCCUGAGGAGGCAGGGCCGCGUGGAGCAGCUCCCCCCAGAAAAGCUUCACGACCCCUGGGUUAGGAUCUCCGACAGCGCCCCUGAUCUUGGAGGUCCUGAAGACCCCCAUCAGAACCAGAGUCUGACUCAUCCGAGCACACACCGUCACAACACACACUCCCACAGUAGCACACACCAACAACAAACACACCAUCUCAGCUCACACCACGACACCACACACACUCCAUCCCAAACCGACAGACACCCCAACGACACACACUCCCCAGUCGCCAUGAGCCAACCGAGUGAGUUUCCCGAGCUUCCUGAACUCAACUGUACUUCCACCCACCACACCGCCCCAGACCCCACCACCCCCUCCACCCUUGCCUCCCUAAUCUCCACCCUCAGCCCAAGGACUGAGGACCCCCCAGGGGUGAGGAAGGGCCCCCCAGUUGCCCCCAAGCCUGUGUGGAACCGUCAGAGCCUCAGGAGUAUUAGGAAUGGGAGGCCCCAGGCUGAGCUGGCCAAACCCCUGGACAUCAGAGGCGGUGGAACCACCUUCGGGGUACGUCUGCGGCCCACCUCCUCUACAGCCCAGCUGUCAAUCAAGCAGAAGAUCCAUUCAUUUGAGACCUUCUCUAGUCCUGAGGGUAAAGGUCAGGAGAUGGAGGGCAACAACAGGAGGCCCCUAGCCCCCUCCACUUCCCUCCCUCUGAAGGACAAGGCACCCGUCAGGAGUGACCCCCCUCUCUUAGAGGAGAAUGGCACAAUCCAACAUGACAUGGGCAAAGGAGCCAAAGUGACCUCUCCAAUCCCUGACGAGGACAAGGCACCCGUCAGGAGUGACCCCCCUCUCUUAGAGGAGAAUGGCACAAUCCAACAUGACAUGGGCAAAGGAGCCAAAGUGACCUCUCCAAUCCCUGACGAGGACCAGGACAGGAGGAUGUCCUCUUUUCCCCCUGGAGCCACUCCUCACUCCAUCCUUCCACCCUCUCCUGCCUCCCACCCUUCUUCUCCUACCUGCUUUUCUCUUCUUCCGACCCCCCACCCUACCUCGGAGCUCCAGACCCCAGUGGAAGAGACAACAGACCCCAAUGCAGAGAUCUCUGACUCGCCAUCCCCCGAGGACACCACCACCUCCCCAUCCACCCUAGAGGCACCUCUCCCCGAGGCCGAACCAGAAACAGAGCCCCUGGAUGGGGCUGUAGAGGCCUCCAUCUCCCCCUCGGGCCCGGUGCCCAGGAGGUCCAGCAGCUCCAAGGGAGAGAGCUUUGGUCCACUACAACCACCAGAGGAGGGGGAGGGAGACCAGAACCAUGCCCAGGCUCAGGGCAAGCAGGCCAGCCUGCGGACGCGUAGCCUGCCCCUGCCUACCUCUCCCUCCCCAGAUGGGUCAACAACUCUACAAGGACUGGAGGGAGAGAGCCUGGGGAAGAUACUUUCCUUCAGUAACCAGGUUUCCCAUGCCCUGAUGCGUUCCAUGCACUCCCUGCUCCCCUCCCUCUGUUCUACUAGGCCGGGUAACCCCGGGUCAGACCCACCCCCUGUAUCCCCUCUAGUCUGCAGCCCGGAGGAGCCCGACCCGGCCCAGAACACUCCCCUCUCCCCUGGCCCCGACAGCAAUGAGAAUAGCUUCUCUGUCAGCCUAUCUGAUCUGAGGCAGUGUACCAUUGAGCGGGGGGAGGAGGGAGUGGACCUGGUCUCACGCCCAUCUCCGUCAGCAUGUGCCCACUCUGUUAUCUCAGCCAUCCCUCAACAGGAAAUACAGACCAUGAUCCAGGAAGUGAAAGCUCUGGAUGAGGAAACACUGAAGCAAUUUGAGCACAUCCAAGUGGUGAUUCUGCACAAGGAGGAAGGAGCAGGUCUGGGUUUCAGCAUUGCAGGUGGGAUAGACCUGGAGAGCAAGGCUACCACAGUGCAUCGUGUUUUCCCCCACGGCCUGGCGGCUCAAGAGGGGACCGUGGAGAAGGGUGACGAGGUGCUGUCCAUCAACGGCCAGACACUAAGGGGUGCGACACACGCGGACGCCACCGCCACACUGCGCCAGGCCCGCAUCAUGAGACUGGCCGUGGUGGUGGUGAGCAAGGGGAGAGAGGGAGGAGGAGGGAACAAGACUGAUGAUUCCUCUGUCAGCAGUAGCAGUACAGACCUCAACCCCACAGUGGAGGAUGGGGGAGACAUGCUGACUGUGGAGCUGGAGACAGGAGGAGGGGGCGUGGGCUUCAGUUUGGAUGGAGGGAAAGGCUCUAUCCAUGGAGACAGGCCUCUGGUCAUCAACAGGAUAUUUAAAGGUGGUGCUGCGGAGCAGAGCGGGUUGCAGUCUGGUGAUGAGCUGCUGCAGGUCCAGAGCACCUCCCUACAGGAGCUGAGCCGCUUCGAGGCCUGGAACAUCGUCAAGGCUCUGCCUGAGGGGCACAUCACUCUAGUCGUCCGGAGGAGGAAGGAGGAUGAGGCUGAAGGGUCUGCCUGAGGGACAUCUCACUGUAGUUAACAGGAGGAGGAAGGAGGAGGAUACUGAGGAGGUACCGCUAGACACUGAUUUCAGGUCAGUUCACACUGUUUAUACUUAAUUGAUUUCCAGAUACAAUAGGUCCCUGACUACCUACAGAGGUAGUCAGAAAGAUCUGAUCACAAUUACACUUCUUUAAAAAUGUGGGCACAAUCAGAAUUUGGACAAGAUCAGGACAAAGGACUCAUGUUAGCACCAGCUAUAAACGGAGCUAUUGAUUCUCAAGAUUUGGCCACAUAUUGAUUGUGGCCACAUUUAUUGACAGGUGUCCGCAAUUAAAAUAUCUAUUGUGAUUGGAUUGUGACCAGAUCUUCCUGAUCACCACCGGAGGUAGUCAGGCACACCUGUUGUCUGGAUAUCUUCCAAGUGUAGACGGAUGUGGACAGAGAAACCAUUUAAAUCAUCAAUAUCCCUCUAAAAUCAUUGACAUGUGGCGCCAUCGUCUUAUGGCAUCAAUAUGUGUCUUUAAAUAAAGAAAAUCCAUAUUAUUUUGAAAGAAUAUCUGUUGAAUAAUUUGCAUACAGGGAGGAACCAGUAAAUCUCGGUCACAAUGUGGAAACAGUGGACGGAUAAGAGACACAUUUUAAUACAAUGUGUAGAUGCAACGGCCAAAAUGUGGAUCUAUCAGAAUGUGGACAAUGGCCUCGAUUCAAUCCGUAUCGCUGAAGUUUAGCGCUAUAGGGUGAUUGAAAAUUAAAGGUCAUUUCCGAUUGAGCCUACACAUGGAUUUACCGUGAAUGCAGUCUCCGCAAACACAGGAACAUUGCUUUUAUAUUUCAAUUACGCUGAAGUGCAGGUCUUCAGUGCUACGGAUUGAAUAGAGCCCGAGAGAGUUAGCACCAGGUAUAAACAGGGCCAACUAGAACACAAAUCAACCACAAGCCAUCAUACCAUUUCAUAUGAGCACUAUUAACAUACUGUAGUUAUGAAUAACAUCUAUAUUCUAUAUCAAAUCAUAUUGCAAUGACAAUCAGGGACUGUUACUGUAGAAAGAGGUGAAUUUACAGGUGCUUUGCUCUGACUGCCUUCCUACACCCAGAACUUCUAGACCAGGGACCACAGUGAGUUUGAGAUUUGCACAGACAUACAGUAUUUACAUGAAGGAAGGGAGAGACAUUCCAUUGCUUUUGACUGUUAGAAAUAGUGUACAAUACUGUAAUGUAGUCCAAAAGAGUAUUAUACUGAUACAAAAUAUUUAAAAUGGGAUUUGCAUUUUUCAUGGAAUUGUAGUAUUGUAGUAUUGUGCUUGAUGUUGGAAUCAUUGUUUAGACCAAAGACUGUGAGUUGGAUUCAAUCCAUAUCGCGGAAGAACAGCAUCAAAAGGUAAACUUAAUUUCCGUUUACCAUGAAUGCUGUCUCCGCGACCGCGGGAACAUUGCCUUUAAUUGUCUAUCGCACAAUACAGUGGAUCUUCAGAGCUACGGAUUUAAUAGUCCUUAGUUCGUUUAUUAGAUGACAAUGGGAGAAUCUCAUUGCAUAGUCCUCGCGCCCUCUCUCCUUCUCAAAACCCAUUGGAUGAGAAAGCCAGAGGUCCCGCCUGUCUUCUCCAAUUGGUUUUGAGGAGGCCAGGCGAGAGGACGUGAGGAAUAUUUAAUUGAGAUUCGCCCUAUGGGUGAAACCAAAGACAUAACUAAACCGGAGCAAAUUUUCACCUUGUUUUCUCUCAUUGUUUGAUAUUAAGGAAAACACAGGGUGUGAACAUUUUGUACCAAAGUCUAUUAGAAUAUAGAUAUUUAAAACUCUGUGUAUCGGUACUAAAGAUUUAUCGCAAUAUACAUUAUACUAAUAAAAUAAUUUCACCCAA